AUUUUUAUCAUCAGUUGGUAGGCAGAGGAGGCUGCCUGAAACCUCUUAAAUCUCAAUUUCCUAUUUGGGGGGAAAAUGCUUCUAAAAUCUGGUGUUGUAUUGCUCUCUCGAAUCCCUCUCAUUUCUUCUUCCUCACGACAAAGUAAGAUUUUUAUGAAAAGGAUGAGUACCGGUACGUCUACAGCGACACCAGUUUACCCUAAGUUUGUUCCAGUGGAGCAGAAGGAGAUUACUUCAGUUAGCGAGUCUGAUGGCUUCACCUUUCGGCUGGUUUCGUAUAACAUUCUUGCUCAGGCGUAUGUAAAAAGUUCUGUGUUUCCACACUCCCCAUCACCUUGUCUCAAGUGGAAAGCUCGUUCACCGAUAAUUCUUGAUGUUCUCAAGAGUCUUGAUGCUGAUAUCUUAUGCUUACAGGAAUUAGAUGAAUAUGAUAAAUUCUACAAAGAAAAAAUAGAGCAGAAUGAUUACUCAAGCAUCUACAUUAAACGAAGUGGAAGAAAACUUGACGGUUGUGGAAUUUUUUACAAGCACAAAAGAUUGGAGUUGGUCACAGAGGAAAGAAUUGACUAUAACGACCUGGCUAACUUGAUUCUUGACGAUUCAUCACGUUUGGAACAAAAAGAGAAGGCUCCUGAACCCGAUAAUAAAGAGGAAGUAACAUCUCCGAGGGACCAUGGGGAUCCUAAUGAUCCAUACGUGCGGUUGAAACGUGACUGCGUUGGAAUCAUGGCUGCAUUCAAGUUCAAAUAUCCGUAUCAACAUUAUGUCAUUGUGACAAACACACAUAUUUACUGGGACCCAGAAUGGGCUGAUGUCAAGCUUGCACAGGCGAAAUAUUUAUUAUCGCGUGUAGCUCGAUUCAAGAAAACGGUAUCUGAGAAAUAUGAGUGCACACCGUCUGUACUUAUUGCUGGAGAUUUCAAUUCGGUUCCUGGAGAUAAGGUAUACCAGUACCUUGUAUCUGGUGGGCCCAUGUCAGAACCGUCACCAGAAUGUUCAGAAGACGUGCCUAUGCCGUUGUGCAGUGUUUAUGCAUACACAAGGGGUGAACCGAAGUUCACAAACUAUACACCUGGGUUCACGGGGACACUUGAUUAUAUACUAUUCUCUCCUUCCGAAGGCAUUGAACCAGUCAGUUACCUUGAGCUUCCGGAUGCCGAAUCACCUGAUCUAAAAGGUGGAUUGCCGAAUUACUACCAUCCAAGCGAUCAUUUGCCUAUAGGUGCUGAGUUUGCAGUGCACAAAGAUAGUUGAAGCCUUUUUAGGUCACUAUUAGAUUGUUGUUGAAAUUUAUCAUUCUUUUAGAAAAGUUACAAAGUUUUCAACUGAUCAACUUUUUUUGAGGGAGAAAAGUUAUUUUACAUAUGGUUAGAUUUGACUUUUAAUGAAAUGUUUAGAACCAUUCAUAUAAAAGAGGUUUAUAUCUUA